UGGGAAGGACAGAGGAGCCAUUGGAGAGCUUGGGGUCUCCUAUAGCCCAGCCUUAAGAUCCUGAGAUUGGCACAUUUUCUGGGAUUAUGGCCAGAGCUCUGUGAUGCUGGUCUCUGCCAUGGAGGGCCAGCCUCUGGCCCUGAGCUUGGCUGAGAAGGCUGUGUGCAAGGUGGUAUAUGGUGCCCCUCGCCCCCGCCCAUUGCUGCUGCCUGUGGGCCUGGAACUGUGGCUGUAUGUGCAGAAGAUGCGGAACCUCCAGAGAAAGAGGAUGGAGGCCUCCUGUCUGGAGCUGGCACUGGAAGGUGAGCGACUGUGCAAGGCAGGGGACUUCAAGGCAGGUGUGGCCUUCUUCGAGGCUGCUGUGCAGGUGGGCACCGAGGACCUGAAGACACUGAGUGCCAUCUAUAGCCAGCUGGGCAAUGCCUACUUCUACCUGAAGGAGUAUGCUCGGGCCCUGCAGUUCCACAAACAUGACUUGCUGCUGGCACGGACCAUUGGUGACCGCAUGGGGGAGGCCAAGGCCAGUGGGAACCUGGGCAACACACUCAAGGUCCUGGGCCGAUUUGAUGAGGCAAUCGUCUGCUGCCAGAGACAUCUGGACAUUGCCCAGGAGCAGGGGGACAAAGUUGGGGAGGCGAGAGCACUCUACAACAUUGGAAAUGUGUACCACGCCAAGGGUAAACAGCUCUCCUGGAAUGCUGCACAGGACCCUGGGCACCUGCCACCUGAUGUCCGUGAGACACUGCACAGGGCCUCUGAGUUCUAUGAGAGGAACCUGUCCUUGGUGAAGGAACUAGGCGAUCGGGCGGCCCAGGGCAGGGCCUAUGGCAACCUGGGUAAUACCCACUACCUGCUGGGAAACUUCACAGAGGCCACAACCUUCCACAAAGAGCGCCUGGCCAUCGCCAAGGAGUUUGGAGACAAGGCAGCUGAGAGGAGGGCCUACAGCAACUUGGGCAAUGCCCACAUCUUCCUGGGGCGCUUUGAUGUGGCUGCUGAACAUUACAAGAAGACGCUGCAGCUGUCACGGCAGCUCCGGGACCAGGCAGUGGAAGCGCAGGCUUGCUACAGCCUGGGCAACACCUACACACUGCUGCAGGACUAUGAGCGUGCUGCUGAGUACCACCUGCGGCACCUCGUCAUUGCCCAGGAGCUGGCUGAUAGGGUGGGAGAGGGCCGAGCGUGCUGGAGCCUGGGGAACGCCUAUGUGUCCAUGGGGAGCCCCGCACAGGCCUUGACCUUUGCGAAGAAACAUCUGCAGAUCUCCCAGGAGAUUGGAGACCGAAAUGGAGAGCUCACAGCCCGCAUGAAUAUUGCUCACUUGCAGCUGGCACUGGGCCGGCUGACUAGCCCAGCAGCAGCAGAGAAGCCAGAUCUGGCUGGCUAUGAGGCACAAGGAGCAAGACCCAAAAGGACACAGAGGCUGAGUGCCGAGACCUGGGACCUGCUGCGGCUCCCCCUGGACCGGGAGCAGAAUGGAGAGACCCACCACACAGGGGAGUGGAGGGGUCCAGGCAGGGACUCGCUUCCCCUCCCCGUGAGGAGCAGGAAGUACCAGGAAGGUCCGGAUGCCAUUGAGAGGAGACCCUGGGAGGGUAGCCACUCUCCACUGGACAGUGCUGAUGUAAGGGUACAGGUGCCUCGUACGGGUAUUCCUAGGGCCCCGUCUUCUGACGAGGAGUGUUUCUUUGACCUGCUGAGUAAGUUUCAGAGCAGUCGUAUGGAUGACCAACGCUGUCCCCUGGAGGAAGGCCAGGCUGGGGCUGCUGAGGCCACAGCUGCCCCAACCCUGGAGGAGAGAGCAGCUCAGCCCUCCGUGACCGCUUCACCACAGACUGAGGAGUUCUUUGACCUCAUUGCCAGCUCCCAGAGCCGCCGGCUGGAUGACCAGAGGGCUAGCGUAGGCAGCCUGCCUGGGCUACGCAUCACCCUUAACAAUGUGGGGCACCUCCGAGGCGAUGGGGACCCUCAGGAGCCAGGGGAUGAGUUUUUCAACAUGCUUAUCAAAUACCAGUCCUCCAGGAUCGAUGACCAGCGCUGUCCACCCCCUGACGUGCUGCCCCGAGGCCCCACCAUGCCUGAUGAGGAUUUCUUCAGCCUUAUCCAGAGGGUGCAGGCCAAGCGGAUGGAUGAGCAGCGCGUGGACCUUGCUGGGAGCCCAGAGCAAGAGGCCGGCGGGCUGCCUGAUCCCCGGCAGCAGUGUCCACCAGGUGCCAGCUAAGGCCUCACCUCUAUAGCCAGCCAUGCCCUACUCUGGACGCUGUAGGCUCACAGUUGUCCACAGUGGCCAUGAUCCCCCAGAAUGCCAAAUCCUUCCAAGGCCAUGAUGGAGAACCAGCUCAGCCCUAGCCCCUUCCCACUGAGCCAGAUGCUGGGCACACAGCCCUCAAGGACCCCCUACCCCAGGUGGUGGGCUCAGGCUAGAGCUGCUAUAUGGGGGAGGGCAUGCUUCUGUCCCCAUAUGAUCACAGCUUCCUGCAGGCCCUGCCCUGCCCUGCUCCAGGCCGGGCCUUCAGCAUGUUGGCCCUAAGCCCUGGUGCUGUCCUGAGUCUUCUCCCGCAAGCCCUGCCCUGUCAAAUGUGAAACUCUGCCAACUCUCCCAAGCUCCCCAUAGGGGCUUCAAAGACUUCUGGUGGGGGCUACAGUGGCAAGGCAUCUUCUGUCCCCCAGCUGGUCCUGGGAUGGCUAUGAAGGAGGUACACUCUGAUCUGCCUCACCUCCCCAGGACAGGCCCUAUCCUGGCCUGGCUGUGCCCAACCCUGCUGUAGGAGACUGGCAACUGCAAAGUCCAGAUACCCUGACCUGGGAGUCCCCAGCCUUGCACUUGGCCUUUGAGGAAAGAUGGAGCUUGCCUCUGACAGAGGGGACAGGCAAGCCUCCAAGCCAAAAGCAUAGGGUCUUGUCCUAGGAGUGCUGGCUGGCAGUGGACAUUCAUGAGAAAUCUGCUAAACUAGACCCUCCAGCCCUCUUAGUGAACAUCUAUAUUACUAGGGAGAUGGUAUCUCGGCUUUCACCCCAAGGAGGGGUCCAGCUGCAAUAUCUGAGUUGGACACAGGGCACUGUAGUUGGGGUGGAGAGACUCACCCUUGGGGACCAUGGUCCUAGUUCUUGCCUACAGGUCCGUCCUAUAGGCAGCCCUACUGGAGGGCUCUAUACAACCUUCUAACCCAGAGUCUCCUGUAGCCCAGGAAGGGACCAGGGCAAGAGAAACUGGGGACCCAACUUCUGAGAGGGAGAGGCAACAUCACUCUGAGGGCAGAAGCUGAUACCAGAGCACAGGGUCUCGGGCGGGACAUGGUGGCCGCCCGCAUACUUGAAUGUACAUGCAUAUUUAUUGCUUACACGUGUUUGCCGUGUUGUUCACGGGUCCUUUCCAACCCGAAAGGUACGUUUGUUUUGUUUUACCCAAAAAUAAAAGUCUGCCAAGUGAG